AUGAUGUCCAAGGAAAUCAGCAGUAUCGCAUCGUACGGCUCGCCAACCCCAACGGGGGAUAAGACGAUUGAGGGCCAGCUCAUAGACCCGAAUCGCCCAUCCCUCGACAAGAUACGGGCGUUCACCAAGGCCGAGGCCCGCGCCGCAAACAUUGCCGAGCAUGAGCAGACAUUCCUCCAUGCGCUCUCAACCAAUAAGAAGGCCGUGUUCUGGUCGCUGGUCAUCUCCAUGGCAAUCGACCGUACAUACGAGGAGUUGGAUGUGCUAUUUGCGAGGAAGCUUUCCGCUCGCAAAUUCAAGUCUGCGGAGGUGCACGUUUACGAGGACUCAGAGUAUCAGAUAUUCCUCGACUGA